CCAAUGCGGAAGAGAUCGUCAUCGUAAGAGCUGUGAGUUGGAAGACGGGUUUAAGUCCGAACAUGUCGUGGAUAAGGGAAGGUGAAUUAAACCUGCUUGAAAAGAUUUCAGCCAAUAUCCUGAAGGCUGGACCCAUGCCUAAACAUGUGGCCUUCAUCAUGGAUGGUAACCGUCGCUUUGCACGUAAGAAAAGCAUGGAGCGGCAGGAAGGGCAUAUGCAGGGCUUCAACAAGCUGGCCGAGACAUUACGAUGGUGCAAGCAUCUGAACAUCCAGGAGGUUACAGUGUACGCCUUCAGCAUCGAGAACUUCAAGCGCACUAAAGACGAGGUGGAUGGGCUGAUGGAGCUGGCCAAGCAGAAAUUUGAGAAGCUGUUGGAGGAACGGGACAACCUGGAGAAACAUGGCGUGUGUAUCCGCGUGCUGGGCGACUUGACUAUGCUGCCGCUCGACCUCCAGCAACUUAUUGCCAAAGCUGUGGUCACAACCAGGGCGCACAAUAAAUGUUUCCUGAAUGUGUGUUUUGCCUACACGUCACGAUAUGAAAUCACCAACGCGGUCAGAGAAAUGGCUUGGGGAGUGGAGCAGGGCCUGAUCAAAGCAAGUGAUGUUUCAGAGACGUUGCUCAGCGAGUGUUUGUACAGCAAUAAUUCUCCCAAUCCUGAUCUGCUCAUCCGCACCUCUGGAGAGGUGCGCCUCAGCGACUUCCUUCUUUGGCAGACUUCCCACUCCUGUAUAGUGUUUCAGUCAGUCCUGUGGCCAGAGUACUCAUUCUGGAACCUGUGUGAAGCCAUCCUCCAAUACCAAUUAAAUUACAAAUCCAUUCAGAAAGCCAGAGACCUCCAUCGAGAGCAUCAGGCCUUGCAGCAGCUAGAGGCGGAUCGUGCCUGUGUAGCAGAGCACCUGCAGCAUCAUGGGAAUGGAAAGCCUACAGACGCCCGGAGAAGACACGAGGCACUGCUGCAGUACGCCACCUGCCGGGAAGAACGGAUUCAGGACUUCCUAGGAACACUGAAGCACAAGAGAGACUCUUACUUUAAUGACUUACAUGACAACGCUGUCUUGGCCUAAGAAGGCUCUGAAGAGCAAACCCCAUGUUGAAGUGGGGGAUUAAGCCUCUCCUGUCCUCUUCCCAAAAGGGCUUCUGUGGAAAAGGGAAGAGUGACCAGUAUCCAGGAAUGGUUUCAUUGUUUUACUAGUUUGUACAAGUUGAGAGGGCAAUUUUACCCCUAUGGGGCUGUAGAAUAAAUGAUAUUUAUGAUUGUAGAUUUAACAAAAAGUCUAAUAUGUAGAAAUGUCUGGUCAAGAUGUAGUUAAAUAAUUGUGUAAACUGUCUGUCAAAUGCAUGCCAUUGGGAGAUUAAGUUCUGUGAGUGCAAGCCAGGGGUCCUGUGUUUUGAAAAUGUUUCUGAAGCAGCCAUCCAGAUUAAUAUAAAUCAGUCCAGUUUUGCAUUUUUGUUGAGAAGACAGUGUCAUUUGAUGUUUGUGAUUAAUGGCAUAACUAGAUUUUGACCAGCUUUCUAAAACAGAAUAAAGUGAUUGCUGUAUGUCAGUUAUGAUUAAAUGAUGUGUGAUUGACUUCUUUGUACUGAGAUAUCACAUGUUAAUGUUAUGGCUGUCUUUGAGCAGUUGCUCAAGUUCUGGCCUCCUUCUGGUUUUUAUACCACUUUUGUAAGGUAUAAUCUAUAGUAUCUCGAAUACUUGGGCCUUCCUACAACUGGAAAGCUUUCAGCCCAUACGGUCAUAUUAACUAAACAUUAGCUUUCUACUCCUAGCUGCACCAAAAGAGAAGUAAAUUGAACUAUUUUAUACUAUUUACCUUGUACUUUUGGAUAGUUUAAUCUACCAC